AUGUCGAAAAGCAAACUUGGCAUUACGGAGGAAGAGGAAGAGGAUUUCUAUGAUGACAACAGGGAAGACCAACAUGAUUCUGAUGAUGAUGAAAUCAUGUUGAUACAAGAGGAUGAUCAAGCACUCGAACACAUUAUGAAUGAAGAAUUGGAGGAAGAGUCUUCACCACCGUUGAAUGGAAAGCUUGCCUUGUUUGAAAAGAGAAAAACUACGGAAGAGUAUCGGGAUGAUGAUCCUAUGCAAGAUGAUCAUGAUUUAAUGACCAAUAUUUCAAAGGCAAUGAUGCAUGAUUAUAUUGGCCAUACCAUUCAACAAAUUUGUGUUCUGUUUCAUAACAAUGAAAUUCCGGCAAUUACUUCAAAUAUUUAUUCGCUUGAACGACCUUCUCGAGAACAAUCGUCAUCAAAUUUUACGGAAUUAAUUUUGGCCAUUUCCGUUCGUAAUACUGUGAGGUUUUAUUCAUUGAUUCAUAAUCGAGAACAGAUGCAAGUUAAGGAAAUUUCUAAUGAAAGAAAUCAUACAAAAGCACUUGUUUUGGAGAGUAAUAUCAAAUUCAUCAAAUCAUUCGACAAUAUUUUGGUUGUUUGUGAUGAAAAAGGAAACAUUCAUGUACUCAAGUUUAAAGUUACUAGGAUUCAACAAGAAGAGGAGAAUACCCUUCAUGCCAUGAGGCCAGAACAUGAACUUGAAAUAUUUCUUCCAUUCAAACCAUUCCGAUUUUCUCAGGCAAAUUUUGACAGCUCAGAACUUUUAAGCUUUGAUGCUGAAGUUUUAUCGGAAGGAGAAGUCAUCACAUUGUCAUUGGUUAUGGGAACAAGCAAUGGUCUACUUCUUUACAUGACUCUUUCUACCAAGUCUGGUUCAUCAUUUGAGGCCUUGAAGGAGCAGAAAUACCAACACAAAUCCAUGUUGCCAAUUUUAGGUGUGACCUUUGCCAUCAAACGUAUGGUCACAUUGGAGAUUCCGACCUUGAUUUACUAUAGAACUUUGAAUUGUGUAUUCUCAAUUGAUAUGAACAAUCUCGAAAAAGGAGGCUCUACGCUCAUCAUUAGAGCAAAAGAUGUCAUUUCCUCUCUUUUCUGUUCAUCCUCUUCAACCAAAUAA